CCGAGCUCACUGCAACCUUUUUCCCCCAAACUGCUCCGACGAGCUUGCUUUUUGCUUCGUUUUCCUUGCUUUUCCAGGCUUUUUGCUUUUCCUUCCUUUUUUUUUGGCCUUUUUUUCCCCCGUUUUGUUGCUUUUCCUUCCCUUUUUGUUGCUUUUCCUUCCCUUUUUGUUGCUUUUCCUUCCCUUUUUGUUGCUUUUCCUUCCCUUUUUUGCUUUUCUUCCCUCUUUUUGUUGCUUUUCCUUCCUUUUUGUUGCUUUUCCUUCCCUUUUUGUUGCUUUUCCUUCCUUUUUGUUGCUUUUCCUUCCUUUUUUUGCUUUUCUUCCCUCUUUUUGUUGCUUUUCCUUCCUUUUUGUUGCUUUUCCUUCCUUUUUGUUGCUUUUCCUUCCCUUUUUUGCUUUUCUUCCCUCUUUUUGUUGCUUUUCCUUCCUUUUUGUUGCUUUUCCUUCCCUUUUUGUUUCUUUUCCUUCCUUUUUGUUGCUUUUCCUUCCCUUUUUUUGCAUUUCUUCCCUCUUUUUGUUGCUUUUCCUUCCCCUUUUUGCUUUUCCCUUCCCUUUUUGUCACUUUUCCUUCCUUUUUUGCUGCUUUUCUAUUGUUUUCCCGUGCUUUUUCUUUUUGCAGAGGCAUUCAAGUGGCCAAGCCUCCUCUCCUAGCUAGGAAUUUUGGGAGAAAAACAACCUUUUUGGGCACAGAGGCUCAUUUCUCCCCAAAUCAGUUUUUUUGGUUUUUUUGGGGGGGAUAUUGCUGCGAAAGGAAAUCGUCACCUGGACCCGGAUUGUACCACUAACCCUCAGUGAGGUCCCGUGCCAGGAAUUCGCCGCCCUCCAGGAGCCAAAAAGGACAAGACGGGACUGUGUUGCCCUUCAUCCUCUGCGGACAGACCGGCAACGAGCACGCCUUCAUUUUCUGGACACAUCUUGGUUGUGAUCCCUACCCAGAAAAUCCUGUUUUCGGGGCAGCGGUAGGAUUCUUGGAGGGCAGCAGCUCCCUGAGCACCCCCAAACGAUUCUCGAUGUGACUCCCACCCAGGAUGCACCAUGUCUCCCCGGCAUCGGCUCUGACGAUGAUGGCCACCCAGACGGUGCCCCCUCCUCCCUACCAAGACACCCCACAGAUGACGGCCACAGCCCCGCAGCCCGCCAAGGCACAGCCCGUGCAUCUCGCCACGCCGGCGGCCGCCAACGCGCCGGUACCCGCUGCGGCCGGUGACCCCCAGGCGCAGCUGGAGGCCGACAAACGAGCCGUCUACAGGCACCCGCUGUUUCCACUGCUGACUCUGCUCUUUGAGAAGUGUGAGCAGGCGACACAGGGUUCCGAGUGCAUCACCUCGGCCAGCUUCGACGUCGACAUCGAGAACUUUGUCCACCAGCAGGAGCAGGAGCACAAGCCCUUCUUCAGUGAUGACCCUGAGCUGGACAACCUGAUGGUGAAGGCGAUCCAGGUGCUGCGCAUCCAUCUCCUGGAGCUGGAGAAGGUCAACGAGUUGUGCAAGGACUUUUGCAACCGCUACAUCACCUGCCUCAAAACCAAGAUGCACAGCGACAACCUACUCAGGAACGACCUGGGGGGGCCCUACUCCCCCAACCCCUCCUCCAUCAGCCUCCACCCCCAGGAGAUGCUGCAGAGCUCACCCGCGGCACUGCCGCCUGCCUCCAACCCGCCGCCGGGCAUUGUGGUGCCUGCGGCCGCGCUACCACCAGGCAACUUGGCUAUGAGUGCUGGUAGCGGCUCGCCUGCCGUGCCAGGUGGAGCCUUGUACCAGCCCGUGACGAUGGUGACAUCACAGGGCCAGGUCCUUGCCCAAGCCAUCGCCCCCGGUGCCCUGCAGAUCCCCAACACCCAGGUGAACCUGGAUCUCACUUCCCUCCUCGACGGUGAGGACAAGAAGUCCAAGAACAAGCGAGGCGUCCUGCCCAAACAUGCCACCAACAUCAUGCGCUCAUGGCUCUUCCAGCAUCUCAUGCACCCCUACCCCACAGAGGACGAGAAGAGGCAAAUCGCUGCCCAAACCAACCUGACCCUCUUGCAAGUCAACAACUGGUUCAUAAAUGCCCGGCGGCGCAUCCUGCAGCCAAUGCUCGACGCCAGCAACCCAGACCCAGCCCCCAAAGCCAAGAAGAUAAAAUCUCAGCACCGGCCCACCCAGCGGUUCUGGCCCAACUCCAUCGCCGCUGGUGUCCUGCAGCAGCAGGGUGGCAAUUCGGGGACAAAUCCUGAUGGCUCGCUCAGCAUGGACAACCUGCAACCCCUCUCGUCAGCCACGGCCACGAUGGCCAUGCAGCAGGCCAUGCUGGCAGCCCAUGAUGACUCCCUCGACGGCACCGAGGAAGAGGAGGAGGACGAGGAGGACGAGGACGAUAUGGAGGAGGAGGAAGAAGAGGAGGAAGAGCUGGAGGAAGAGCCUGGUGGCCUCCAGGCAGCGCCUGGAGCCGACCUCGGCUUGGACCACAGUGACUCACUGGAAUAGCUCCUCCUGCGCCCUCCCCGAUUCAUUGAUGGCACCAGAAACAAGACUCCUGCAAAAAUGCCAAAAAAACCAACCAAACAAAAAAAAACCCGGCAAGAACAAAAACAUAAUUGGUGAGAAAAAAGCGAAUUGGAGGUGCUGGCGGAUGCCCCGGCUACCCACGGGAGCACGGGGACCACCAUGUCGGCACGUGGAAGUGAAGGACACAUGUUUACAAGGCACAUAUUGUGGCCAGAUUAACCUUUUUUUCAGGUUUUAUUCUUAUUUUCCCCUUCCCCCCCCCCCCUUUGUUUUUGGUAAGAAAAAAGCAUUUUAAGGGGAAGCUGUUUUCCCCGCGCGAUGCUCAGAUGCUGUUGGGUGACAGCAGGUUUUUCACUGUGGGCCACCACAUCCAUCACUUGGAUUUCUUGGUGCAAAAAAAACCCCCCCAACAUCCCAACCCCAGGACUGAUGCUUUUUGGGUUUUUUUUCCCCCAAAAAAGAUGAGUCACAGGCAUAAAUAUCGGCACGCGGGGAAAAAGAGAAAAUCAGCGAGUGCAAAUUCCGCUUUGGGUGGGAUCUGAGGAGGGUUUCGCACUCUUGACCCACUGGAUUGCCCAAACCUUCCUGUUUUGGCCCUGAUGCUGCUGCCAUUUGGUGACUCUGGAUGCAACUUUCUGGAAAAGGGAGGAAAUUCCCCCAAAUCCUUUAAUUUAUGUGCUCAAACCCCAUCAAAUCUGGAAAAAAAAACCCCAAACCCCACCCCAUCCUCAUCCUUAAGGGCUGACACUGGAUGCAGAGAUGGGGCAAAGGCUGCUGGGAGCGAGACUUUCCCAGGGCGUUUUGGCACCAAGUCAGGAAAAAAGGGGGGGGGGGGGGGGGGGGAGGCGGGGGGAAGGGUUUUAAAAAUACAGAUUUUCACCCAAAACUGAAUGGCAACCCCUGAGAUUCACCCGGGUGGAAGGAAAUUCAAUAUUGUUGCUGGAAAGCUGGUUUCUCCCUGAUAUUGUCCACUGACGUGGGAAAAUGGUGGAGUUUUACCCCAAACGAGCCACAGGGGAGGGCGGCUCUGCAAAAAAACCAACAUAUUUUUGGUUUUUCUUUAAAUGCUGACAGAAGGGUGAAUUUCACCUUAAAACAUGGUGCGGGAGAAACGCAAAAACAAACCUGGGUAACGCAGGGGAAAAAUAGAAGAAAUUUUCUUCUGCAGGUUCCUCUCGUAAAUGCGGGUUUCUGCAAGGAUAUCUUUUUUUUUGUCGGCUUUUUGCCGGUUUUGUCCUUUUUUUUUUUGCUCUUGAGGAGUUAAGAAAAAAAAAUAACAGCAGCCGGGGGAAAGAAAAAAACCCGAGUGAUGCAAUGGGCAGAAAAGCCUAUUUUUCGAUACUGAUCUGGCGUGAAUGUAAUCUGUAAUUUCAUAAAGGAUUCAUUGUAAUUUAGUAUUAAUUCAUGGCCAUUUAUUAUAAAGUGCUACGAGAUGA